ACCGUCUUACCUCGUCUACCCACAGGUAAUUUGAGCCUAAACUCUGUUUUCCUGCAUGGAGAUCUUGCCGCGAGACCCUACCGCGCACCUGACUUCCGUGAUGCCUUACGAGAAGUGGUUGAGGCUCAAGAUAUCAUCGGAAUCGGCCAAUUCCAAAUGAGCCACGUAUGGAUGGUAACUUGUACUAACGCUUUGGCGAAAGCCAAGCUCGUCAACAAGGCCGAGCUCUGUGUGAAGGGACGCAGAUGCAUAGUCAUCGACCCAGACACCAGAGGCGUUAAACUCAAGUUGUUGUGGCUGCCGGUCCACAUGGAGAACAAGCGAAUCGAAGAGGCGCUAGCGCCCUACGGUACGGUUCGUUCAAUCGUUCGCGAGAAGUGGAGUUGCCCAGGGAUGGAGCAAAUGGAGACUUUAAACAAGGAGGUAACGUUAAUACUCCGUGAAGGGAUGAACAGCACCCAAAUCCCGCACCAACUCACGGUUUUCGGCUGCCGAAGCCUCGUGAUCGUUCCUGGCCGCCCUCCGCUGUGCCUCCGAUGCAACCGAAUCGGGCACAUACGUCGAGAGUGCAGAACUCCUCUGUGCGGCGAAUGCCGCCGCUAUGGACACUCUACAGACGAAUGUGUGUCAACAUACGCCGACAAGCUCCGACAGGUGAGAACCCUUCUUGAUGACGUUGUUCAAGAUCACCUAAUGGACAUCAGUGAGAUGGUUGACGCUACAGGAGAAGUCACUGAUUCCAUAGCACCAAGGACAGAACGGGAAACUGCUUCCCAAGAAGCACAAAUGACCAAUCCCGUCUCGCAUGAUGUCUCAUCUGAGCCAAUCAAAGAAGACUCUACGAUAACAACUACAGCAACCAUGCGAAACUGGUCGGAAGACGAGUACCCCCUCUUGGAAGUAACAGAGGAGCCGUCCUGCAGCCAACAGCCACUGCCUCGCCGGAAGCGUUCCGCCACAUCCAAUGGAGCAUCCGUCAAGAGACCCGCUCCUAAGGCUGAGUCGUCCCAGCCCUCUGGAAUGGGUGCCAAGAAGGAGAGCAAGAAUGACGAGGGAGGAGAGGCAAAGCGCAAGCCAGCAGCGCUCCGAGAAGACCCUUACAGCCUGGCUCCACAGCCGGACAACGAGAUGAAAGACAAUGAUGUUUUACCUACAUAA